AUGGCCGGCGACGAGGAGCUCCCCUGGAACGUGUCGCGCUGCAACCGCUUGCUAAGGCCGCUGUCGUCGAAACUCGCGAAACUGCGCAAGGAGCUCGAGCUGCCACGGAUCGCACACCAGGAACCCCGUACGACGUCCUCGGCAUUCGCAACCAAAGCCACGCCCCACAAGACGACCAACUUCACACGGCCCGCGAACAAGCCCCGAGGCUUCGAGAAGGCGCGCGAUCCUGACUGGCGGCCUGGUGCAAAGGGGAAGAGAACGUAUGGCGGGCGCAAGAUGAAGAAGUCGGCGGGCCCGAGAAUGAACGGUGUGGAUGUGGAGCCUGUCGCUCGGCCGGGCGAGAUCGCAUUCACGCCUCUCAUUGCGCGCAUGGGCGGGCACAUGCUGGACAGCCCGCUCGCGCAGGGCUCGCCGCUGAAAAAGUACACCAAACCCCGCGGACCCCUCGUGACGCCCAUGGAUCGCACCGACGGUCUGGGCGCAUGUGUGCCUGCAGACGUCCACAAGCUCGUGCAGGGCGUGCUGGAGGCCUAUGCCAAUAUUCUGCGCGCCACCGACGAGAAGAGAAGCAGGAGAGGGACUGGCUCGCUGAUGCACGCAUGUCUGAAGAAGCUGCCAGCGUACAUUGAGCUGGAGGAGCACUUUGCUGAGCUGGAUCAGCUGGAAGACGAUGACGACGAUGACGCCGAUGUGGCGGGCGACAUAUACGCGCAUCUCGAGUCGCGGUUUGAACAGCGCCGCGGCCUUGGCUGGCGUCCCUUCAAGCACGUGGUACGCGCACAUGGCACAUCGCUGCUGUGCAGCGCCAUCGCCGACGGCAUCAUCGCCGCAAACAGCAUGGUCUACUUCCAUAGCCACUGUCUGGCUGUCGGUGCCCACGACGAGGCUGAGGAGAUGCUGGUCGCCGCCCUGCCCGCUCUCGAGCCGCUGUCCAUUCCGUUCAACGUGCGUGCUGAUGUCUUUGGCGAGAGAUCAGUGUACAUGUCGACCGUCAAGAUCUUUGUUGAUCGCACCGGGCGGCACCGCUUUUUGUAUGAUCUGCUCGAGCACAUGGUCGCCCAUGAGCUUCUGCCGCUGGAGUGGCUCGCUACUAUACACAUGCGCCCCGUCUGGGAUCGCUUGGUGCGUACUAUCACAGAGGGCGACCCGCGCACGCUGGCCUCAUGUUCUCGCUUCCUCGAGACGUGUGCGUUGGCGGGCAUGGGGCUUCCAGAUGAGCGCCUCCUAGCAGAUGAGACCACAGGAUCAGUCGCUAGACGUUUUGUCCCGUCUUCCCGAGACGAUCUGCGCCAGGCGCUAGACACGACGUACUCUAGUUUACUGACAGUGCUUUGCAGCAUAGCAUUGGUCAACAGCAGUCACGAGGAGGGGACAGGGAAAGCCACUGCGCGGAGAAUCACCCAUACACUGGACGCUAUUACUGUUGCCCUUGCAUCUCGGUCCGACGUCGAUGCUGAGCUGAGGCUGCUCGAGGCAGACUCCGACGAUCUGCAGACGUUUGCGCAGCGCGCCUUGUGGACGGUCUUUGUUACAUUUCUCGUCCAUCUCGAGAAUGAUGUCCACGAUGAAAGAACCAUCAACCUGCGCACAUCAACUCUAAUCCGCAGCUUGAGUGAUAUCACAUGCCACUACGCCUCCAACGGCGUAAACUCGUCCGCCACGCUGGCAUCGCUCCCCACCUUGACAUCAGCCAUAGCCCGCGGCACAGGUCGCAUCUGGCACGACGACGGCUUCGCCCAACUCCAGCGCCUCGUGCACACCAUGACCCACCUGUCCGGCCACCGUCUACCGCACAAGCUAUGGACAUUGAAGCGUAUCGCACUUGAAUCCGCGACCGAAUUUGCCGCGCACACAGACGAAGCGGAGCAUCUGCGCUACGCAAACGAGGUAGAGAAACAGAUGCGCUCCUCCGGCCGUUUAAUCCUCAUGCCCACGCCGCGCAAAACAGACACGCCGUCCAGCGCUGCAGCCGGUGGGUUCAGAUGGGAAGACGGUAUCGGCGAGUGGGUGGCCUGCACGCCGUUUGCGAAGCAAAGUGCACUGUGUCUUAAGGGGGGGCAGGUUCGCGUGCUGAGUCUGCUGCCCACGCCUGCACCUUCUUCUUCUUCUGACGACGACGGCGAUCAAGACGACGACGGCGAUCAAGCCGACAACGACAACAACGAUGGAACUCGAUCAGAAGUGCAAGACUCAGACCUCGACAGCGACAACGAACCGAUCUUGCUCUCAUCGCCCACGAAACGCGCGCCCAGCCGCUCCAACACCCGCUCGAAUAGCAGUAUAGGGAAACGCAAACGUGCUUCUAGCCCCAUCGUCCUGAUCCGCGCAAAACUCCCACAAUCGACGGUGCACGAAUCAUGCAUUCCCCUCUACCCACUGCCAGUGCUGGUUGGUACAUCGGAAGACGCUGCAGCAGGAGACAGACACAGACGGUUAAGGCGCCGCGCUUGCACGAUGCAGUCCUUGAAGACACGGCGCUGUAGAAAGAGCCUGGGUGGGGGGUUGCGGGACGUGGGGCGCGUCGCGUAUGCGUUUGAUGUUGAUGACGACGUGGUCAGCGAUGCUGAGGAGGAGAGCCGUAGCGAGAAUGAAAACGAGGAAAAAGCAACAACGGAAAUGGAAGAAGACAGCGCGGAUGAACUAAGCUUCGAGAUCUAA